GCCGGAGAGCCUGCUCGGCCUCGCGCUCGACUGGGCGGGGAUGGCCAAGGAGGCGGGGCUGGACGGCAGCGGGGACAGCAGCGGGCUCAUGAUCGAGAGCGUGGUCGACCCUCUACUGCUCGCGGCGCUGGCGGGGACCAAGCUCGCGGUCAUGUUCUGCCUCUACUCCAUCGAGGGGUGGAGGUGGUCCGAGGAGCACCAGGUCCCCGCCAAGGAGGAGAUGCAGCUGCUCUACCGCAAGGACCCGGAGGCGUGGAUCCUCGAGGUGCUGCGGCUGUGUGCGCCCGUCGCGGGCACGCACAAGGUGCUGCCAGAGUCGACGCGCCUGCCCUUCCUCCGCGGUAGCCGCGACUUCCCGGCCGGGACGAUCGUCACCGCGUCCAUCCCCGACGCGCACGUCGACCCGUCCGCCUUCGAGGACCCGAUGGCCUUCCGGCCGGGCCGUUGCCCAAAGGACAGGUACCUCAUCUGGAACGGCCCCUUUGGCGGCGCCGCGCCGCGCCACUGUCCGGGCGAAAGCAUUGCGCUGAAGCUGUGCGAGGUCUUCACCACCGCGUACCUCGACCGCCAGGUGGAUAGCCAGGCGUAGUCGCGUAGUGGGGUCUCCACAUCAAACAUGCCAUCAAAUCACACAACACUCCGCAUCCUCUCUCUCUCGAGCUAGCCUAGCGCGGAGUCUUUUGAGAUAGUCCCGCGUUACAAGCCCAGAUCAUGGGGUUUACA